AGAAAUCCACACAUCUCUGAAAUGAGCAUUCAGCAUUUCUCCAGAUGCAUUUCACAAGCAGCUGCUCAUAUGUUCAGCUGUGAAAUUGGGUUACAUGUUAAAGUCAAUCCGACUGCGCGCGCUUCACGACCCUGUGCUGAUGACGCGCAUCAUCGAAGAGAGAGCAAUAUAGCGAAUGUGACUUCAGUCUGUCGAGUGUGAAUUCAAGAAGGGCAGAUCACUCUGAUUGAGGAGUUACAGGGAUAUUCUGUGUUCUUGGGUCUUUACACGCUCUUGGCUUUAAUAUGACUGUUCUACACCUGUGUUUAUUCGCGACUGUUUGGAGAGCCGUGCAAGCUAUCCAUCCGGACUGUGAUAUUAUCUCCCAGUUUAUACAAGACCAAGAGAUCUGCAUCCAGACUAGGAAGAGAGAGAUCAAGAAUCAGUCCCAACAAACAGGAUGUUGGACAGAUUGGGACGGGAUCCGCUGCUGGGGAACAGCCAAAACUGGACAACUCAUUAAUGUGUCCUGUUCAGAUGUCUUUCAGCACAUCUCCAACACUCAAGGUUUUAUAUACAGAAACUGCUCGUCUAAAGGCUGGAGUGACCCAUAUCCACCGUACGAGGAAGCAUGUGCAUUCGAAGAUGACUCAGAAUCUGGGACUGUGUCAACUUACUUGUCAACCUUGAAACAGCUGUACACUGCUGGAUAUGCAACAUCACUUAUAUCACUUAUCACUGCCGUUAUCAUAUUCACAUGCUUCAGGAAGUUCCACUGCACCAGAAACUACAUACACAUCAAUCUUUUUGUUUCCUUCAUCUUGCGGGCAAGCGCAGUCUUCAUCAAAGAUGCCGUUCUGUUCUCAGAUGAAACUCAGGAUCACUGUUUAAUGUCCACGGUGGCGUGCAAAACUGCUGUAACGUUCUUCCAGUUCUGCAUCCUCACUAAUUACUUCUGGCUGCUGGUGGAAGGCUUGUACCUGCAGACGAUCCUCGCUCUCACCUUCGUCUCGCAGAGGAAGUACUUCUGGUGGUACAUUCUAAUAGGAUGGGGUGUCCCAUCAGUCGUGCUGAUCGUGUGGGUGUUGACCAGACAAUUCUAUGAUAACAGAGGAUGUUGGGAUGACACAGAUAAUAUGAACAUCUGGUGGAUCAUUAAAGGGCCGAUCACAGUAUCCCUGCUUGCUAAUAUCAUCAUCUUCCUAAAUGUGAUUCGGAUCUUGGUUCAGAAAUUAAAAAGUCCUGGAGUUGGAGGCAAUGACACAGGUCACUUCAUGAGACUGGCCAAAUCCACCUUGUUUCUGAUUCCUCUGUUUGGGAUGCACUACACUCUGUUUGUGUUCCUGCCAGAAAACACAGGGGAAAUAGUCCGGUUUUACAUUGAACUCGGUCUGGGCUCUUUCCAGGGCUUUGUGGUGGCACUCCUAUACUGUUUUCUCAAUGGAGAUGUACAGGCAGAGUUGAAGCACAGGUUAUGGACGUGGCAGACCCAGACUCAUCUGAGCCCCAGUAAAAAGCGUCAGGUCACUGUUACUCAGAUCAUGAUGCAUGACUCCAGUCAUUCACAGACUGCUGUCUGCAACGGCACGUCUGUGUAAACACACCUGGAUGAUGCAGAAAACUUGCAGAAGAUUUCAGGAACUUCACAUCCGGCUCUGGAGUGUGGAAGACGAUCAGAAAAAAGGAAAAGGGCCAUUGUACGGCAUUAUCAAGGUCAUGUCACAAAUACCUCAGAGUUAUGGAUGUGGCAGAUGUCAUUUGAGUUCAGUUAGCAUGUGCAGAUUUGCAGGUUGCAGAACUACAAGCAGAUUGUGACACAGCCAGUGUAAGCGAGUGGAGGUUUGAUUAAAGGACAGAUUUGAUUAAGGCCCAUGCAGUAGUAAAUGCUUCAUUAACAGUCUGGUUGUAUAUUAGAUUUGUGGUAUGCAAAAGAUAUGAAAUAUUAAAACCUUUUUUUACAUCCUCA